GGCGCUCUGUGAGGGUGGGAGUGUAGCAGCAGCUGGACGACGUAGCGGCGUACGGCGACGGCGACGCCAGCCCCCGGCGCGGCCGCAUGCCUGCCCCCGACGCCCGGCCAUGGUGGUGACGCAGGGGAACAUGUUCGGCUGCUACGACAGUUACGCCUACCGCCUGUGGAGUCUCGCUAACGUCUGGACCAACUGCCAGCUCCCCUUACCGGCGGCCCCGACGGCGAAGGAGUCGGAGCUGUUGGCCGCCACCUCCGCGUCGGCCGCGGCGCCCUCCGCCUCCGGCGCCGCCCCCGCCGACUUCUUCCACAUCGAGUGCCCGCAGUGCCGCAAGGCCUACCCGGGCUUCCAGGCGCUGCGCGAGCACGUGGAGGCGGAGCACCCCAGGAGCGCGGCCUCCGCCGCCCCCGCCGCCAUCUCGCCCCCGACGCCGACGCCCGGCGGCGCCUACCCCUGCCCCCAGUGCAGCGUCACCUUCGCCACCAGGGACCAGCUGGAGAAGCACGAGCUCCUGCACUCGCCCAACGCCACAGUCUCGUGCAAGAUCUGCAACAAGACGUUCGCGAACGUGUACCGGCUGCAGCGGCACAUGAUCAGCCACGACGAGAGCGCAGUGCUGCGCAAGUUCAAGUGCCCCGAGUGCGACAAGGCGUUCAAGUUCAAGCACCACCUCAAGGAGCACAUCCGCAUCCACAGCGGGGAGAAGCCGUUCGAGUGCGCCAACUGCGGCAAGCGCUUCUCGCACUCCGGCUCCUACUCGAGCCACAUGACGUCCAAGAAGUGUCUCGUGAUGAACCUCAAGGUGGGCCGCGGGGGCGGCCGGGGCCCGUCUGCCGCCGCCGCCGCCGCCGCCUCCUGUUACUUCUUGUGGGCGAAGGAGUGGGUUGCAAUAGCAGGUUCCAGCAGGAUGAAUUUCUAUGAUCGCGGGGCAAAGCGCGUCUCGGCGCCCCUGGCUCCCGGCGGGCACGCCGCCCCCAACAACCACCACCUGCACGCCGGCAACGCCACCUCCGGCGCCGGCAGCAACAACGGCGGCAGCAGCCAGUUCCCGCCCAUCCUGCCCAAGUUCGCGGCGGCCGCCGCGGCAUACCUGGGCAGAUACCCGCCGCACGUCGCCACCCCCUACUACGUGCCCGCGCCGUCCGCCGCCGCUCCACCAUCGCACCACGCCGCAGCAGCGGCGGCAGCAGCAGCAGCUGCAGCGGCGCAGGUGCAAUAUAAGCUGCAGCAGCCUGCGGCGGGCUUCGGCCACCUGUUCCAGCAGCUACCAGCCCCCUACCUCCAGCACCAGCUGCAACAGCAGCUGCAUCACUUCCAGGCGUGUAAAGUGGAGGCUCUGCCUGCACCAUCACAGCACCACCAGCAGCACCACGAGCACAGAGAGCACCAGGAGGAGCAGACGGCAUCUGGGGCAGAGGACGACCGCGAAACCCAACGUCCGGUGGUGAAGCAGGAGCGCCUGGAUGAAGACCAGGACCGAGGGUCAGAGCGCGACCACGACCCCGAGGACAGGGAGCGCCAGUCACCGGAGGGUACCCCGCGACUGGAGUCGGCAGCCGCAUCGGCGCCAGUUAUCAAGCAGGAGCGUAUGGACCACGAGGAAGAGGAAGAGGACCGCGGCUGCUGCGAGGAUGUGGACAUGGAGCAGACCAGGCCCAGUAGUGGCCACCAAAGCCCAGGCUCACCACACGCUGAUCAAGCCAAGGAGGGUGUGGAGCGCCUGCUGGAGUUGGUGGGGUCCACGGUGAGCCGCCGUCUGGUGGAGGCCGGUGCCCAGCAGCUCUCCGGGUCCCCGGCCACCCCCGCUGGAAGCAGCUACUGCUCCUCCUCAUCCGCCUCCAGUGUCGCCAGCGCCUCGUCGCCACUCACACUCAUCCACCCAUCCAACAACAAUAACAGCAUCACAACAAAUAACAACAACAACAACAACAACAACAACAACAACAACAACAACAACACCCUCGAGGACCUGCAAUGCCGCUUCUGCCACAAGAGGCUCACAUCUGCCGUUGACCUGGAUCAGCAUGAAAGGUUCCUGUGCUGUGGGGGCGGAGGGUCCUCGUCAUCCUCCGCAGCCAGUGGCAGCGGGAGUGAGGGCCUAGCGGCCAAGUUGGAAGAUGCGGUCACCGCCAAGACGGAGGAAAUGUCCAUCAACGGUGGCAGUGACGAGGCGAGUGACGACGACGAGGGAGGCGGCGGGGGCGGAGGGGGGUGGCACCGCGGGAUCCACCUCCGGCCUCCCCGGUGCGUCUGCCGGGAACCACGCAAGGUCCGCGUGAGGUCGCUCAUCGCCGACGAGCAGCUGGCUGUGCUCAAGGGCUGCUACGCCGCCAACCCUCGGCCCAAGAAGGACGAGCUGGCGCGCAUCGCCGACCGCAUCGGAUUCCCCGUACGUGUGGUGCAGGUGUGGUUCCAGAACACACGAGCGCGCGACCGCAGGGAAGGACGGCUAGUGCAUGUGCCCUACCAAGCACCGCCCCCACUGGCCCCUCCACCUUCGGGGCUGCCGUCGCCGCCCCCGCUCUAUGACCUUACUGCCUGUGAGCAACCCCUUGACCUGUCUACCAAGCCUGCUUGCAGGAAACUGGAGCCUGUUAAAGCUGAAUGGUCCGACUACUCCUGCGGCGGUGACGAGGCGGCGAUGAAUCUGAGUGUGGGCAAGGCGUCCCCCGCAGCGUCGGCGACGCCCAGCCCGCACCGUAGCACUGCCCUCGACGCAGGGCAGUCUCCGCCCCCGGCACCCGCUUCUGGCCCGGUCGCCACCCCCACCUUCCCCUUCGGCGGGGACGGCGGCAGCCGGCUGGCCCGCAUCCUGACGCAGCCCCGCGACUUGUUUGCACUGGCGGCCCUGGAUCGGCUGCCCUACGGAGGACCCGAGUCCCCGGCACCCUUCGGCCGCUAUCACGAGAACGGUGGUGACUCCUCCAGUCCGCAUUCCGACAAGCGCCCGUGGAAGCAGGGUUACGGGGAUGGCGAAGACACGACGGACGAUGCGGAGGACUCGGGUGGCGACCCAGCUCUGGGCACUUCGCCCUCCAAGAGGCACCGCCUGCUGGCUGCCCUCGGUGGCACUGACCGAGAGGCCGAGGGCCAGUUCGUGUGCGACCAGUGCGACAAGGCAUUCGGCAAGCAGAGCUCGCUGGCGAGACACAAGUACGAGCAUUCCGGUCAGCGGCCUCACAAGUGUGACGUCUGCACCAAGGCAUUUAAGCACAAGCACCACCUCACAGAGCACAAGCGCCUGCACUCUGGAGAGAAGCCCUUCCAGUGCUCCAAGUGCCUCAAGCGUUUCUCGCACUCCGGAUCCUACAGCCAGCACAUGAACCACCGCUACUCCUACUGCAAACCCUACAGAGAGUAGCUGCCGGACGUCGGCCCCCUCGGCCACCGUCCCGGCCCCGGCUACUCUCGCUGUGGACUGUACGGGGUGUAGCCUCCUGCAGCCGAUGCGCGAACUGCCGCUACUACCGCCUCGAGUCCUACGGAGAGCGGCCGACCGACUCGGUCGACCGACGUCCCGGUGCCUGCUACUCCCACGUGGCUCGGGCUCCCGUGCCACUACCGCUGCCGGUCCUGCGGAGAGUACGUGACGGCCACUGUCGUACUGGUCGCAGUCGUCACUUGCUGCCACCUCGGAGACAGUCCGUCACCCUGGCCGCGCACGGUGCUGGGAGCAAAUUAAUACUUCCGCAUGUGUCGGCUACUGUCAUUACGGCAACAUCUCACAAAACUCUGAACUGAAUUGAUUAUUUCAGCUACACCACUCUGUGGCUCUUCCACAGUACCCAGCACCUCUCACUACGAGCUUCACAGAGACUGGAUAUCGGGUGCUAUGCUAACCGUCACUGUGCAGUGGCGUAUUUUUCAGCUGGUACUGGUUGGAGCACACCACUUGUACCUUCUUGUGUAUGGAGCAAAACUACACCGAGAUAGAUCCUGUAUUGUAUAAUUUGCAGUACGCAAAAGUGCUUGAAAGUCAGUAUUGCACAGUUCCCUAGCUAAGAUGUACUCUUUUGAGCAGUUCAGUUGUCGUAGCUAACCUUGCCAGUUUGACAAGCUGUGGUUCAAAAUACAUUUAAAUCAACUGGUGUUGUGCUUCUUUGCCUUACAGUGUCCACUCAAUACAGGUGUAUUUUUCUCCUGCCGCUGUGUGAAGUGUCAACAUUUCUCCUUUGACCGAUCAUUUUUGCCACACUCUCCGAGCGGUAUCACUCCAAUUUUUCCCUCUUAGCUUGGCAUGAGGACGUAUUAUUUCAGAAACUUUAAUCCUUGCUAAAUUUCACCAUUAUAAUAUCACAAAUGCUGUUCUUGAAAGUCAUUUCACCUAAUUAAAUACCACCUCAGCUGAUAUUUACUGUAAUUGCAAUUACUGAUCAUUUGUGAUAAUGGAGUUAAACUACUCAAUCUAGCGUACCACUAGAACACCACAUUUUUGGUAGUUAUUAGCCGCAACAUCUUUGAAACAAAUACCUUGUAUGCCUCUUAAUUAGAUCAACUCGUAACAUGUUCCAAAGCUUAUCCAGUGGCAGGUGUUGAAAUACAUACUUAGCAUAUAGUACUUUGUUUGUGUCCUUUGUAUUGUCAUUCAAUUCUAUGGCUUUUUAUAGCUUUUGCCUAAACUCUCAUAUUCAGUUAUCCCGAUCCAGGAUACAGCUAAGACCAUUUGACCUUAGUGAUGGGUGUAAUCUGGCAAAAAUUUCCAUUGAUGAACAAUGGCUAUUUUGGAGUGCUAAGACAUGCAAAAGCCAUUGCACUUCCAAUUUUCAAAUUCACUGACAUGGUUCUGAAUUAACCCUGCUCUUGAAAGAUCACAAUGGUUUCUAAAAUUACAUAUGGACAGUAAUUUGUAUUUGAUAGAUCACAUUCUAACAAGAUAAAACUGUAAAGAACUUCACUGUGGCCCUGAGAGAGACUUUUAAGAAAGUAUCUUUGCUUCUAAAAAGAAAACAAGAAAAAUAUGAUCCAGACUUAAAUUGUUGAAACAUUAAUUGGGCUUUAUUAAUCCCUUUCCUCUAUUUGUCAGACAGCUCUAGUAGUUAAAAUUGCUUAUUUGGAAAAAUCAAUCUUAAUUCACAGUAAUCUCUUUCUGCUUCUCUGUAUAUAACCUUGAGCACUUGUUAUGUAAUGAAUGAGGAAGUAAGUUCCUCUUAGCAACAUACAGCACCAACAUCAUAUAGUUUGUGUCCUACCAGAACAUAUAAUACUGGUAAUAUUGUACCUACUACCUAUGUCACAUCUGGAUUCAAGUAUCUGCUUUUAUUCCUCAAACUUUUUAUGGUAUAACACCCUUUACUUGUUGCAGCUUGACAAGAUAUAUUUAGCACAAUAAUAUUUUACCCUAUCUUAUAGUACUUUUUAAAUUUUGACUCUUGAGCAUAGAGAUCACAAUUCUCCACUUUAUUCUUCAUAUUAAUGUACAUUUAAGAAGGAUUAUUAUUGUUCUGUCCAUUGAUUCUUCAUUCCUUAAAGUAACUAAAAUAUAAUAAACUAAUUUUGAUGUUUGUACUAUAUAAAAUUGUUCAUCACACAGUGAGUUCCAAUUUAUAGAAAUAUGGCUUCAUCUGAUGCAUCAUAAUUUUGUAGUUAAUAAAAUGGAUAAAGUGUUCAUCUUGUGAGGAAAAUGAGUAACAAAAUGCAACACGCAGAAAAAAUAAUAUGCCACGUAUACCCACCUGAUUAUACACCAUGGGAAAACUUAGUUUAGAACUAAUGUCAUCUUUUUCCCAACAUGUUUGGAAAAUAUGUACUUUCAAAUUUGUCUGAAUGAAAGUAAAACAUAGAUAUUAGCAGUAUUUGAUGGAGAAGAAGACUUCAUAUGUAAAUGUCACUUAAAUGUGGACUGCUUUAGCAGAGCUGACAGAUCCAAAUUAAAAUCCACAGCUGUUACAGCUAGCUUCUUGAACAAUAAAUACAGUUCGUUCAUUGUGCAAAGAAAAGAUCAGAUACGGGGAGUAAGAACUGGUCAAAGCACUGGCACAACAGAUAAAAUAGUAUAGGAAGCACAUUGGAAGGAAUUGUGGUGUAGAUCACCCAAAGUUUAACAGCAAAAUUAUAUACAGCUCUCACUAUUAGGGUCUCCACUUGGAUUAUUCAGUUUCUUUCCAUGCCAACACCAGUACCUUGAAACAGUAGAGAUAGAGAGAGCCUUUCCUGCAAAUAGUUGCCUCAUGCCAGUCAUAUACAUGAUGUUCUCCAAUCCCCAACUGCAUUUCAGUUGUCUUACAUAAAUUUCUUUCUUCUUCUGCAUUAUCUCUGUGUCAUUGUCAAAUAGUCCUCUUUCUUACAUUUUAGUUUUCACACAAAUACAUUACUUUUAUUUACACCUUCCUUUCUAUCUAUUUUUAUAUCAUUCUUUCUAUUCCUUUAUAUCUUUCUACCUGUUUCAUAUAUCAUCUUGGCGUUCUUUCUAUCUACUGUAUAAUUUUUCUUUCUUCUUUCCUUUCUAACUUUUUUCUUUCUUCUUUCCUUUCUAACUUUUUUCUUUCUUCUUUCCUUUCUAACUUUUUUCUUCUUUUCUAUCCUUUCUACCUACCUUCUUUCCUUUCCUUCAGUCCUUUUGGCAUUUUUUUUUUUCAGUAUUACUUUCUGAAUUUGGAGACAUUACUUCAUUUUUCUCCUCAUGUGUAAUCUAUAUUUCCAUUUAGAACUAUUAUUUAUACAGAGCUUGGUGUUUAUCAUUGACUUACACACCACAGGAAUCUCAUUAUUACAGCUGUGGACCUCAAUUAUUUUUACUUCAUAGAUUUCUCGGGAGUGUUGUGUGUCUCAUCAUACAAGGGUAGGGAUGAUUUUUCCAUCACAUCUUUCCCCAUGUGUUUUUGUUUUUUAAGGCUUUUUCUUCCCUGUAUGUACUUCCUAUAUGGUGGAGCUAUAUAUUUCAGCUGUGGGACCAUAUCCAACAACUCUGCUGUAGUUGGUCAUUCAUUGGAAGUUACUCUUCAGCCUCAGAUAUUGUUAAUACACCUUUAUCUACAUGAUCCAAAUAUUUUUUUUAGUAAAAUAUAAAGUUUUUACUGUAUAUGUUACUUAAAUUGAGGGAGUUUGAAAGAAGUUACAGACCCCCACUAUGUGUAUGUGUGUAUGUAUGGCAGAUAUUCCAGAUUAUGUUAACAUAGCAGUCUUCAGAAUUCUUUAAAUGUUAUAGUUAAUAGCAGAAGAUAUUUGUAGUGGAAAAAAUACAUUUCCAGAGAAGCAAAUGGUUGUAGUGAAAAUUGUUAAAUGAACAAUGGGAGGAAUGAGUGGCAGAAAGAGUAGAAAUUUGUUACGAGUAGGGUGACAAUGUGUUUGCAAUGAGGAUUGAAUCAAAUGUCUUCCACUGCCGUCAAAAGCUGACAUAUAUUGGUGAUCACAAAUAUUAUAGUUUUCGUAUAAAUGAAAGGAAAACAUAAAUUAGGCUUUUUAUUUCCUUUGUUCGUACAUCUGAUGACUGGAUGACCAGCAUAUUAAUGUUAAUAGUUGUCAUUUAUAGAGUAAUAUAUUUCUUGACAUUUUAUGUAAAAAAACUGACAAAGUGUAGAUUGAAUGGGUAUUUUUCCAUUUUUUACAAUUUUUCUUUCCAGUAAUAUCUAGAACUUGCAUUUAAUUCAGCACAGAAACCUCAUUAUAUUCUUAUUUUCAUAAUAAUUGGUAUUUCCUUAAUAUGGCUUCACCAUUGGUUUCCUUUACUCUUUAACCAUUUAUAACCUAUACAGAAAAUGGGUCCAAUAUUUAACUACUUUUGCAUAUACAGCUCCUGCAUUCUCACUUUAACCCAGAUUUGGUUAAUGUAGACUUGAAGUUAAUAAUUUAAAAUGGCUUUCUAGGAACAGAGGCAUUGCUGUGCUGAUGACAUCACAAAGCCUCCUUCAUCCAUAAUUUGUCUGAAAGGAAAGCUUCUGUAAUCUGUUAAACUCACAAUAAUUUAUUUAUUAAAUGCUUGUUAAAUAAUGAAAAGACUGAUAAAGUACACUCUUGUCAAGUUUUCUUUUACAUAUUGAAAUACAGAUUAAAAAUCACUAAAAGUUAUUGAACCAAGUGCUGAUAAAUGGCAUAUAAGAGUUUAGUAAGAAUAUGUUUUGAAUUCUCAAACUGAUAAUGAAAAUAGAAUAUAUUCAGCAUUGACGUGCUCUCAUUGACAAUAUCUUUACAAAUAGAUUAAUACUAAACCAUGGUGCAAAUGGGUGCAAAGGUAUUAUUGUAAUAAUUCAAAGUAAAGAAGAUACGUAGCUAAGAAAAAUUUAAAACAAGAACCAAUAUUUAAUUCAUGUUACUUGUUCAAACACUAUACCCUACCUGAAGUUCAUAAUCCUGCCUUUACCAGAAACACUACAAAAAUGAUACAACUAGAACUCAGGUCUUAGUUUUUUAUAUUAUUUAAUGUACAUAAAAUGCACUGAAUCGCACACAAAAUGUAUUCGGUUUCUUACUUUGUACAUAAAUUAUUGUGGUGCAUUUACACUUCAUAUACCACACAUAUUUCAAGAUAUCUGAAAUUCAGUACACUGAGAGACAAACUUGUCGUAAGGUUAUAUUAGACUAUGUGACUGUCAAGUUAGUACUGCUUUUGUUUCUUGCAGUUGAAGUGACAAUGGAGCUUUUGUAAUUUCGUACCAGAAUGCUUUCAAGUACAUUGUGUACUGGAAAAUAUAUACCUGUAUACAUGUAAAAUAAUUAUACACCAUGAAUAGAAGAAAUACAUUUGGUGUUACUUUUUUUUAUGAAUAUGUGCUAUAGUGCUCCCAAAUAUAUGAACUUUAAUUAAAUGCUAUAAUAAAUAACGCUAGCAUUAUAAAUUAGAUGAAUGGAAGAGUAAAGUUAUGCGCACUGUGUAAAGUUUAAAAUAAACGAAUUUAAAGUGUCUUUUUCUGCAUGAAAUUUUCAUCAACGAUAUGAGAGAAAUUAUGUCAUAAGUCUAUAUAUGUAUCUGUAUAUAGAACUUUCAUCUUUAUUACUGCUCUUAUGUUAUAUAUUCUAUUUGAAUCAAGAAAGCAUUCCAAGAUCAGAACUGCUAUAUCUUUCCAUGUGUGUAUGUGUUGCAAGCAAAGGGUUUUUGACAAUAAUAUGUAGGAAAUCUUUUUAUAUUAACAAAACUGAUUAAAACCAUUCAUGGUCUGAAUGGUCAUUACAGGGAUGUAAUAGCCAGGAAACAGUGGCUUCCCUCUUCAUGUUUACAACACUGAUUAAUGAAGGGAGCUGCUUAUUGCUCUUCAAGCCUAAGAAUAUAUUCAGAGUAUGAAAUAUUUAAUAGAAUCACAGGGAGUGUGAUUUCCAUAUAUUAUAUAUUAUAAAUAUUAAUGAAAAGAAAUUAUAUAUUAUGAAAAAGGAAAUGCAGUUAUAUAUAUACAUAUAUAUAAAAGGAUAACUUCAUGAUGAGUAUCCUUUCCCCUCCUGCCUCCAAAAAUUAUAUAACAGUUCACUUCAAAUAUAUAUUUUUUGCAUACCUUUAAUAGUUAUGUAUGCUCUCUGUAUUGAGUCCUCAUACAUUAUUUUACACAUGUUGACUUUAUUAUGUAAUUUAACUUUUCGUUUUUUUAUUUGCGUGUUAAAAUGUUCUGUUCCAUUUGUUGUUUAACUGGGAUAUUUUUAUGAGAUUAGAAUUAUAAAGGGACAAACUACAAUGAGUUUUCUAAGGACGUUUCCUCUUCCCUUACUUUUAUGUUUUAACUCAUUCCUGAUAAUUUAGUAGAUUUUAAUUAACGAAUUUAUUUUUUUAAUGUGUGUAUAGUGGUAUUUGUCUUUCUCAUAAAACUAAUUUAACAUUUCUGUCUAUAAAUAUAGAUAUUUGAUGCAUUUCUUCUGGGAUCUGAAUGGUUGUAAAAAUAGAGUUUGUAGAGAACAUGAAUAAGAAAACUGAUAAUUGUUCAUCUAUGUGCAAAUUAUUUCUCAUCGUCAGGUACUACCUUACAGAUCCACAACAUUUGAGAUUUGUUGUUUGGUUAAUACAGUGAAUGUCAGUGUAAAACUCAGUUGUGCUGCACAACUAUGAUUAAAUGUGAAGCAUGCAGGUUAAAAGUCUAGAUCAUGUGACAGAUUAAAAUUUUUAGAUGACAGACUAAUUAAAGUAUACUUACUAAAAUGUUUGAGAAGUAAACAAAAGCUGGAAGGAAUGUUUUUGAAUGUGAUUGGGGUAGUGAAGAUGAUGAGAAAUAAUGAAUAAGAAUUUAGUUUUUUACAUUUAAAAGUGCUAUAAGGUUUUUAUAAAGUAUGUAAUCGCGUUUUUUAAGGUUUUGAGAACAACGAAUAUGUAAACACGAAGCAGUUGUUGUUUACUUUCCAAGCUGUGCUGAGUACUAGUAACACUGCCCGUGAAUAUUACUGUUGUGUGUUUCUAUUUCAUUUGUUGUGUAUUUAAGGUUUGCUUUUAAGUUUCCUGUAUUGAAUUGGCCAUAGAAAACUUUGCUGGUUUCUACAAAAAGCUAGUAUGACCAAAGAAUAUGUAAUAUAAACUCAGAGUUCUUUGUUAAUAAUUAUUCUUUUGUGCAAUAUGCGAAUUUCUUAUUGCUGAAUUUUAUUUAUGCUUACAGUGAAUAAGUUUUGUCAACAUACACGCAAUAAUAAGAGAAAAGUGCAGUAGUUAUUUAGUUCUUAUGCAUAAUGGUUUUGUGCCUCAGUUUUGAUUCGCCAGACUGACGGCAGAAAUAUCUGUCAGAUACAAGACAUUUACAUGACAGAGAGGGGAUCUCUUUAUAUUAUUGUAUUAUAAAAUAAAAUUGGGAUAAACCCUUGCAGACUGUGUGUGUCUACUGAAGGAGUGCCAUAAUAACAUUGGAGAAAGUGAUGCACACUGAAGAAAACAUGAAUGUUUGAGCCUGUGUACGUUUAAUUCAUUAUAUAUAAAAUAAAACAAAUUUGUGAUGAAA